UCACAGGGUCUGGCAGGGGCACGCCGGUCGGUGAUCGGGGACAGCCCACAGCUCCUGACUCACUACUACGACGACGCCAGGACCAUGUACGAGGUCUUCAGGAGGGGAUUCAGCAUCUCUGAAAACGGCCCCUGCCUGGGGUUCAGGAAGCCCAAGCAGCCCUACCAGUGGCUGUCCUACAAGGAGGUGGCUGAAAGAGCAGAAGCUCUGGGUUCAGGCCUUCUGCAGCAGGGCUGCAAGCCAUCCACGAAGCAGUUUAUUGGGGUCUUUGCUCAAAACCGUCCAGAGUGGAUCAUUUCUGAGCUGGCUUGCUACACCUACUCCAUGGUGGUGGUUCCCCUCUACGACACCUUAGGGCCUGGAGCCAUUCGUUACAUCGUCAACACAGCUGACAUUUCCACAGUCAUUUGUGACAAGCCAGAAAAAGCCAGAAUACUCCUGGACCACGUGGAGAGGAGAGAAACACCAGGUCUGAGCUCCAUCAUCCUGAUGGACCCCUUUGAGAAGGAGCUGAUGGAGAGAGGGAGGCGCUGCGGGGUUCGCAUCCAGACCAUGCAGGAGGUGGAGGACUGUGGCCGAGAGAGUCGACACGUGCCUGUGCCUCCUCGACCAGAAGAUCUAUCAAUUGUCUGUUUUACUAGUGGCACUACAGGAAAUCCCAAAGGUGCUAUGCUGACUCACGGGAACGUGGUUGCUGAUUUUUCAGGCUUUUUGAAAGUGACUGAGAAAGUGAUCUUUCCGAGACAGGACGAUGUGCUCAUCUCCUUCCUGCCUCUGGCUCACAUGUUUGAAAGAGUUAUACAGUCUGUCGUGUACUGCCACGGAGGGCGGAUUGGCUUCUUCCAGGGAGACAUCCGCCUGCUGUCAGAGGACAUGAAAGCCCUGCGCCCCACCAUCUUCCCCGUCGUGCCACGGCUCCUCAACAGGAUGUAUGAUAAGAUCUUCAGCCAGGCAGACACAUCCCUCAAGCGCUGGAUUCUGGAGUUUGCUGCCAAGAGGAAAAAGGCUGAAGUUCGAAAUGGGAUCAUUAGAAAUGACAGUUUGUGGGAUAAGCUUUUCUUUAAUAAAAUACAGGCCAGUCUCGGCGGCUGCGUGCGCAUGAUCGUGACGGGCGCUGCCCCCGCGUCCCCCACCGUCCUGGGCUUCCUCCGUGCAGCCCUCGGAUGCCAGGUUUAUGAAGGGUAUGGCCAAACAGAAUGCACAGCUGGAUGCACCUUUACAACCCCAGGUGACUGGACAUCAGGUCAUGUAGGAGCCCCUUUACCCUGUAACUUAAUCAGACUGAAGGAUGUGGAAGAGCUGAAUUAUUUUGCUUCCAAAGGUGAAGGAGAGAUCUGUGUGAAAGGACCAAAUGUGUUCAAGGGUUACCUGAAGGACGAGGAGAAGACGACGGAGGCGCUGGACGCGGAGGGCUGGCUGCACACCGGGGACAUCGGGAGGUGGCUGCCU